AUGGAUUGUCAAGAGAAACCUGACAGAUUGGAUCAUGACAUUCUUAAGUGUAAAAAAAAGUGUUGCAGACUGGGUCAUGACAUUAAAUGUGAAGAAAUCUGUUGCAAACGUAAAGCAAGAAUCGAUCGUUGGGAGACCGUCCUAAAAUCCUACGAAGAACUGACCAAGCCUAGCUCUAUGGCCAAACCCACGGUCAUGGCAGACGAUCCUCUAAGACGCGCUUUCAAGCUGACUUGCGAAAUUAAUGAAAUGAAGAAAAAUAAUAUAGAAGUGAAGAGUGAAUUGGAAGCUCUUACUAAGAAGUCAAGACAGUUUACAGUCGACUUUUUAGACGCGUGCCAGGAUAACGAAGACGUUGAUGUUCUUCUAAAUUUUGAACAUGUUAAAACGCUGAGAGACGCUGUAGCUGUUAAGCAUAAAGAG